GCUUAGGUUACUAACAGCGGGUUUCAGCGUAUACUUACGGAGGAAAAAAGUUCACUGGUGUCGUCCAUCUCCCCAGAGAGAAUACAUAUUCCUGGAUGAAACCUAUCACCUCUUCCAAUGAAACCCCUCACCUCCCCUCUUCCGUUUCAGCCUCCCUACAUUUUACCCUCAUAGUAAUGGCGUCGGUACAUCCAUUUACUUACUCAAAGGUCCGGUUGUCCAUUAUAAAUAAUCCGUCCCAGCUGUUCAGGAGAUUUUCGGAUUCAUGGAUGGUCUACUCCGGCUUGAGAGAUUGUUUGUAGUUCGACCUCAACGUGUUUCAUCUGGAGGUAAGAUGAUUUUCCACAUUCCAUUGCAUUGUGGUGAGGAGGAUGCAAUGGGUACUCCAAGUUGUUAGAUCUAAAGUUAAUGUCUCAAUCACCGAUGCUACUUCAACAAUUGAUGUCUCGGUUUUUGGGCAAUGCGUCGAGAAACUUCUGCUUAUGACUAGCAAACAGAUUAUGGAGGUAGAGUUACAGGGAAAGAAGGCAUCAUUUCAAUAUGCAAAUAAGCGCUUGGAUAAAGAAGAAUAUAUUGUAGAGUUGAGGUCACAACAAAGUACCUGUCAAAGCAAGCCAGGACCCUCCUACACCAUAACAUCCUUGCAUGAUGCAUCUCAUUACAUUGUUACAACCAACAUUGAUCCAGCAACCCCACCUUCGUCAAAGAUGAAGCUCCCACACUCGGGAGUAGAGGACUCCCCUGUUGAUCUCAAGCGCAAGAAAAAAGCUUGAUUGCUUAUCGCUAUUUCCCACUACUUCUAUUACUCGAACUAUUUUCUUAGAAUUUAUGCUUUAAUUUUCUUCAAGCUCUAUAGCCCAAUAAAUAUUUGACUAUUUCUCCGAUUAAAACAUUUUUGUGUUUAUUAUGUGUGUUUUCAUAUAAAACACAAAUACAUGCUACGGUUUCAUGUGAAUCUCACUAGUAUUAUGUUUACUACAAUCAUCUUGACUAUUUUAUU